GUCGAUUCAAGAAAUAUCUCGAAUGUACACUUGUUAUGGAGUCCAAAUCUUGCCUCAAAAUCUUGGCAAGAUUUGGGAUGACUUCAAAGAGCCCCCUUUUGCCCAAAUAUUUCGCCAAGAUUUGGUCGCGCCAGCCCUUCUCCAAAUCUUGUCGGCGGGGGGGGGUCAAAUUGCACCGCAUCUUCCGCACACCCCCCAAAAACACAACCUCCGCCAGCCUCCGCACAUCAUGGAUGACGACCUUGAUGAGGCGGCUGUCACGGCCGCGGCAUGUGCUUCCGUACACAGCCUACACACCAUGAGUAUGCAGCUCAACGACUUGUUCGAGGAUGGCCUAGAAGAGCAGCAGAGCCACCACGAGUGGUGGGAUGACCCCGACGAUGACGACUGGAGUGCAGAAGCCAUCCGCACCCGUGAAAGUCGUCCACGCCCGGACUACAACAAGUCGGCUUGGGGCUUGCGAUUGGCGCAGAUGGAGAGCCUGAGGUGCAGCCACAACUUAGCCCAGCACAGCCGAGAAGCGAGGGCCUUCAGAGCAGACUUCCGCGUCCCGUACGAGUUCUUCCUCGAGUUCGUUGAGAUGGUUCGUCCUGUGUUCCCUGCAAGGGAACACGACGUCUGCGGGCGCCUGUGCGUCCCCUUGGAACUGAAGGUGCUCGGGGUGCUUCAAGUACUAGGGAGAGGGAACUGCUUUGCUGAUGUCGCAAACUUCUCCUUGAUGAGCCGGACAACGGCGGAGCAGUCGUUUCACCGGUUCUGCCACUGCUUCGCCGCUGGUCUUUGGCGCACCUGGAUACGUCUCCCGGAGGGAGAGGGUCUCCGACGUGUUGAGAGCACCUACAGAUCUCUUGGGUAUCCGGGAGCCGUGGGGUCAAUCGACUGCACCCACGUACCAUGGGAGCGCUGUGCGUUUUCGGAGACCACAACCCACAAGGGCAAAGAGGGGUACACGACGGUCGUGUUCGAGGCGAUCUGCGACCAUGCUGGUCGCAUCCUCGCGUCGACGAAGGGGUACCCGGGGGCCGAGAACGACAAGACAGUCGUUCAGCGCGAUUUGUCCGUGCGGCGGGUUGAGGGGGAGGAGCCGUGGGUGAGCUACAAGUACGAGAUGUACGACGAGACCGGGGACGUGACGGAGCACACGGGGGGAUGGCUCAUCGCCGACGGGGGCUACCAUCGGGUCCCCCUUCUGAUAUGCCCGUUCAAGGUGUAUGCGAACGUUGCGGAGCAGCAGUGGAGCAAGAGGUUGGAGUCAGUUCGCAAGGACAUCGAGUGCUUGUUCGGACGACUCAAGGGGCGGUUCAGGCUCUUCAAGACCGGGAUUUUGUUCGGCGACCGGACAAAGAUCGACGACGCAUGGUUCACCGCUUGCAUCAUCCACAACAUGCUCCUCGCGUUUGAUGGGUUGGAUCAGCUGGAGGUAGACAUGGACUGGGAGGGGAAAGACGGAGAGGCGGACAGCACCACGGGCGUGUUCCCGGCUGUCACGGUUGCUGACAGCGCAGAGGAUAAGGUAUCCGGGGACGACGACGCCGCAUUCCAUGCCCACAGGCAAUGUCUGGUAGACCACUUCGCGUUCGCGAAGAGCAGCAGCGAGGUGCAAUGGUUCCGGGCGGUAGGAGCGGACACGCGAUGAUGGCUUCGUCUUUUUUCGUGUCCCCUGUCCCUAGUGCGCAGCAUAGGGUGUGGGUAAAGGUAUAUUGUAGUCUCCACCCGUUGCGCUCCACUGUAUGUGUUGUGUGCAAAUAAAUGCUCUUGUAGGUGGUUUUUGACAAUUUGACUGUUGGUACAAGCAUGUGCGGAGAGACGCAAGGCGUGUUGGAUUUUGUGGCGGGUGGGAUAAACUCUCAGCGCCGAAGGUAGUUGAGGCGGGGAGGGGCGGUGCGAUGUAUUGUAGGAGUUUAUAUCUUUUUUCGCGGGAGACGCAAAGAGUGUUGGAGUUUUUGGUGGCUGGGAGAAACAUCCAGUGCCGAAGGUAGAUGAGGGGAGGGCGGAGCGUUGGAUGUUUUCUUGGAGUUAUUUUUUUCGCCGGGGAGACGCAAAGCGUGUUGGAGCUUUCUUUGUGGUGGCUGGGAUAAACGCUCAGCGCCGAAGGCAGGUGGGAGGGGCGGGGCGUUGAAUGUUUUGUAGGAGUUAUACUUUUUUUUGCGGGGGAGACUUAAAGCGUGUUCGAGUUUUGUGGUGGCUGGGAGAAACAUGCAGUGCUGAAGGUAGAUGAGAAGGGAGGGGGGAUUGGUUCAUGUAUCGUUGCGU